GUCUGCUAGAGGUUGCUCAUGGCAACCUCACGACUAACAUAAACCUCCCCUUUUCAGCUGCCCGAGUGGAUCACGCACAGAUCAUGUUUUGCUGAAGAAUGGCUUCAGAAUAGUCAAUGGUCUUCACAUUACCACUUCAUAAAUAUGAUCAUGCGUAGAAUCUCACAGACGAGUGACUGUUUUUAAAUGGAGAGAUAAUUUGAGCCUUGACCUCCUCAAUCAAUUAAAAAGCAACCAUUUCUAAUGUCUGAAAAUGAAGUUAAUUCAAUAUUUAUGAGCGCAAAUUGAAUUUGAGUUUAUUUCAAUGUGAUUCAAGAUUGAAUCAAAUUUUAAAGGUUUUCUGUAAAAAGGAGCAUUUUGUAAAACGCAAAUGUUUGGAUGAUCAUUUAUUUUACUUCGGUAAGCUUUUUAAAAACUGCAACAAUACCACAGGUUGGAUAUAUGACAAUAAUGCUGACUGUUUAAUUUACAGCUUACUACUUCUGAGAGAUAAACAGAAAAUAUGAAAUGGGUCGAAAGAGAUUGAAAAUGAACGGAGAUUGGCCUACUCCAUGGUGCUCACAGUUUGCUUCGUUUACUAAGGAAUUCAUCCCUACGUCCCUUAUCGUCAUCUUCCUCUUUAGCAGUUUCAUUAGUUGUGAUGCUCUCGACUGCUUCAAAUGUGUCUCUGUUGGUGGUGAUAAUAAAGCGUGUGAGGAUCCUUUUCACAACAACUAUACCAGUGACAUAUUAGAAGCUCCAUGCUGGGCAGGGAGGAAACAAAGAGAUGGUGUCUUUCCAGCAACCGCUUGUAUAAAACUUUCAGGUAUUUACGAGGACACUGGACAGAAAAUGGUGGUGAGAGGAUGUGCUUUGGACAGCGGUACAUUAACCAUCGACACAGAAAUAGUUCGAAUGAGUCACUGUGGAGGCUUUUAUUUUGAUGAUCGCUACGUCAGCGGAUGCCUUCAGAGUUGUUCCGAAGACGCAUGCAACACAGCCCAACAAUGGGCCUGGCCUUGGACAAUCUGGCUUUAUCUGCUUUGGACAAUAUGUGUUACAGACUUCCAUCACAACUAUUUAUCCAUUCUUUCCUUCGAAUAGGUUUCUCCCAUGACAUUUUCAUGAAAAGGACCAAAAUUUUACUGAAACUAUGGUGUGAGGAGAAAGGUCAUUCCAUUGGUAGAUCUUGAAACUGACUUUUAACUCAUUGAGCAUUAUCAUGGUGGUUCUUUUCCGUGAUACAUCAUGCAACAUGCUGGCUAGACAGCAUUAUAGGAUGUAAAAUGUGGAAACACUGCUUAUUUACGUAUGAAGCCGUUCUUCCAGUUAUAAAAACAAACGGAAAUCCGCUUACACUACUUUUUCUUCAAACUUCGUAAGAUUAAUCAAUAAUGAACAUUUUAAGGUGACUAGUUUUGUAAUAUUUACAUCGAUACUGUGGUGAGUAAAGAGAAUUGUAAAAUCUGGAUUGCCAACUUCGCAGUAUUCUUCUUAUAGGAAGAAGUUGAGACUUGCUAGGCACAGUGAGGGGCCUUCACAUUACUCUACAACUGAUACAAAUAUCGAUCAUGGAAUUAAGAUCGAAAAAAAAAAUAAUAAUAUUUUACAUUUUUGAUGCCUUUAGGAGGAAACUUUACAAAAGUAUGUUUCUUGAGACUUUCUCCGAAAAUUGCACAUUCUCUUCCAUAAAAUGUGAGGUUUAAGUAGUCAACUCGUGUAGCAUUACUUUCUUUCUUAAUAAAUUGUUCUU